AUGACUAACGAAUUCGCCGUGGUAAAGACGAAUUUUAAAAGUUACAGCGAUUACAGUCUCCAGUUGAAUCGAUGGUUCCUGAAACCUAUAGGCGCAUGGCCACCCUCGUCGUCCACUACAACCCUCGAGCGAAACGUUUCGAUCGUUUUGAACAUCGUCUGCUAUGGUUCUAUAUUGUUCACCUUGAUACCCUGUUUGCUCCAUGUAUUUCUUGACGACGACAGUUUCUACAUGAAAGUGAAAAAUUUCGGUCCUAUGAGCCAUUGGAUCAUCAGCUGUGCCAAUUACACGUUGCUGUUGUUACAAGGAAAAGACAUACGCUACUGCGUCGAGCAUAUAGAAACGGAUUGGAGAAUGGUGAGGAGGGAGAAGGAUCAACAAGUGAUGAUGAAGAACGCGAGAUUCGGUCGUUACGUGGCCACAUUUUGCGCAGCUAUCAUGCAAAGCGGCGUUUUCUGUUUCUUCGUGUCGUCGGCGCUGAACACGGAGAUAAUUCACGUGGGAAACGAAACAACGAUCGUGCGAGUGCUACCUGUUACCGUGUACAAGAAGCUGUUGAACGUCGAUCAGAGUCCUACGAACGAGAUCGUGGUCUUUAUGCAAACUUGGUCGUCGAUUAUAGCGACUACUAGUACAGUUAGUAUAUUCAGUCUCGCGGCUGUUUUUGCCACUCAUGCGUACGGUCAGUUGACUGUGCUUAUGUCGUGGAUAACAGAGUUUGUGAAUGAGUCGAGGAAUCGGGAGAAAACGUUUCCUUUCAAGCAAAUAGGCGUGAUUGUGGAGCAUCAUUUAAGAGUGCUGAGUUUCAUAUCAUAUAUCGAGGAAGUGAUGAACCGAAUAUGUUUUUUAGAGUUGUUUAGAUGCACGCUGGCUAUAUGCAUGCUGGGAUACUACAUUCUUGCGGAAUGGUCUACGCAAGAUAUUCAAAAUUUGAGUUCGUACUUUAUGAUACUCAUAUCACUUUCUUUCAAUAUUUUUGUAAUAUGUUACAUAGGUGAAAUAUUAACAGAACAGUGCAAGAAAGUUGGCGACGUGGUUUAUAUGACAGACUGGUAUUAUCUACCUGACAAAAGAAUACUCGAUUUAAUUUUGGUAAUCGCACGAUCGAGCGUGGUCGUUCAAAUCACCGCGGGAAAAUUCUUUCACAUGUCCAUUUACACAUUCAGCGAUGUAAUAAAAACCUCUUUCGCGUAUUUGAAUUUACUGCGUCAAGUAUCGUGA